AUGGAUCCUCUUUAUGCCACUUCGGAAAACUCGAGCGGCAACGGGACAAACGGUUCAUUUGUGAAUGACACGGACGUGUUCUCAAACCAAUUCGUUCAGCCGGUGUGGCAGAUUGUUUUAUGGGCAAUCGCGUAUUGUUGUAUAGUUCUGGUGUCAGUUGUUGGAAAUAUCACUGUCAUUUGGAUCAUUUUGGCGCACAAGCGCAUGAGAACUGUGACCAACUACUUUCUGGUGAAUCUCGCGUUCGCUGAGGCGUCAAUGUCGGCUUUCAACACCGUUAUUAACUUUGUGUAUGCGGUGCACAACGAGUGGUACUUCGGGCUGGUUUACUGUCGAUUUCACAACUUCUUUCCAAUAGCAGCUGUCUUCGCAAGUAUUUAUUCCAUGACAGCAAUAGCCUUGGACAGGUACAUGGCUAUUAUCCACCCACUCCAGCAGCGUCUGACGUCCACGGAGACCAAGCUGGUGGUGGGGGUGAUCUGGGCCCUGGCACUGCUCCUGGCUUUCCCUCAAUACUACUUUUCCAGUACCGCUCAGCUGCCAGGACGUGUCGUCUGCUACAUCAAUUGGCCAGAAUACAGUGUGUGGGAUUUUCAAAAGAUGUAUUACAUCUGUGUGGUAGUGCUUAUCUACUUUCUGCCUUUGCUAGUCAUGGGCUGUGCUUACCUGGUGGUGGGAUGCACUCUCUGGGCCAGUGAGAUUCCUGGGGACUCUUCAGAACACUAUCGAGAGCAGCUAACGGCCAAACGAAAGGUGGUGAAGAUGAUGAUUGUUGUCGUAUGCACCUUCGCUGUUUGCUGGCUGCCCUACCAUGUCUAUUUCCUGGUGCACCAGUUUCUUCCCCACUUGUUUGAAGAACGCUACAUCCAGCAGGUGUACUUGGGAAUUAUGUGGCUUGCCAUGAGCUCCACCAUGUACAAUCCCAUCAUCUAUUGUCUUCUCAAUGACAGGUUUCGAGCUGGAUUCCAACAGGCAUUCUUCUGGUGUCCUUGCAUCCAUGAAGGCUCAUAUGAAGGUCUGGAGCUCAAGUCAACUCGCUAUCUACAGACGCAGGCCAGUAUUUACCGCACCAGCCAGAUGGAUACCACCAUUUCCACAGUGAUGCCAAUUGGCGAAGGAGAACUUCAGGAGAACCAAAAUCGAUUUUCCAUAGAUCUCAUGUCCAAUGGUUCUUCGCGAAGCGCUUCCAAGAGUGAGUCCCCCAACUUCUAUUCUAGUAACAACCUAGCUUAG